AUGUUGGUGCUUCUUCUUCACCCUCCUCCUCCUCCUCAACCACCACCAAGAACUCUCCAUUGUGGAUCGGUCAUUUAUGGAAGUUUUAAACGAGAAUUUAAUAUCACGAAAGGUUUGGAAGAUUUCUCCACGCAGCAAUUAGCUUCUCUCGUUCGGGUGUUGCGGCUCAACCAAUUUAAUACUUCCUCAUCAUCAUCAUUAGCCUCAUCAUCCUCAUCGGGUGGACCAGUGAUAACACAACCACAACAACAACAAAACAAUUCUUCAUUCAAUAAUAAUAAUACAAUGAGUCCUCCACCACUAACCUCCACCACUACUCCUCCUUCCAAUACUCUUAAACGAUCUCAUUCGGAAUUUGUGAAAGAAGAAUCUGUCGAAGUGUUGGAUGUGGACGAUGAUGUGGAGUUUGUUGGAGCAUCGUCUUCAUCAACCAUGACACCACCAAAAAAGCUCAACACAAAACAAAACAGCCCAAGUCUUAAUCAUCAUUCAGGUGGCAACAACCAAUUAGCUCAAAAUUGCAUGUCACCCCCAAGUACACCGCCAUCAUCAUCAACACUACCAUCACAACAGCAAGGAGGAGUUUUUCAGACAAGUCUUGCAAAUAAUCUUCCCUCUGCAGUUACUCUUGCAGCUCAGCAACAUGGUAUUGAUCCAGUUUCAUUUAUGACAACCAUGCAUCAGGCACAACAGACAAGUGCACCUUUUGCAUCUCUUUUACUGACAUCACCUGCUGGGCCAAUGUCGUUACAUAAUGCAGAAAUUGCAAGAAAACAACGAAAAUUGGAAAAGGAAGCAGCUAAGAAAGCGAAAGAAUCCCCAAGCAAUUCUACAGCCUCAACACCAACUUCAUCUUCUAAUAAUAAUGGGAAUGCAGUUAUUUCUACUCCUUCGACGAGUGGGUCAACACCCACGAAAACAGAAUUCACAUUUGUGGACCAUUCAACACCUCCUUCAACUCCCACCAAGACACCUCGAAAAUCCAAAAAGAAAGAAAAGGAAGCCAAAACAGAAUCCUCUCAGACUGCACACAAUGUUUCAUCGUCACCUCUUACGGCUACCACUCCGGCCUCAUCACCAUUAGGAUCACCUUUUGGUUCUCCCAUUGGAUCUCCGUUUACUCCAUUGUCGCAAUCAUCUCCUUUUCCGUCACAAUCUUCUUCAAUACCUUCUCAACCAACCAAUUCGGAGCAAACACUUGCUGACAACACACUUAUGCAAUUAGCCGAGAGUUCGGGAGAAAAAAGAAAAUCUAGAUUUGUCUCUCAAUGUAGCUCAAAAAUUUUGGAUCGUAUCCAAAGAGCCUUGAAGCAAAGUGGAAAAGAAAAGACAGACUUUUGUUUGGUGUGUGGACACAAUGUGCAUGAGGAAUGUCUUAAUGCCUGGAAGAAAUUUGACUCUAAUUUCAAGUGUCCAGUCUGUAAGACCUCCAAACUUGGAAAGGAACAACAAAAUGUCCUAGCCACUUCUGAAGGAUAUGCUAAUCUUUCUCAAUAUCAACCCAACACCAAUCGUUAUCGAUGA